GGCUUCUCCCGCCAACUCUGUCAGUUAUCUUUCCUCGAGCAUUUCUCCAUUUUCUUCAAAAGGCAGCUUUCGUCUUCCUAGAGAGAAUUAGUGGGAAAAGAAUAAAGAAAAGCAAAGAAAAUCCGAUAACCCAUUUCUCCAGAGAGCCAAUAUGGAUCUGUCAGACAUAGCGAGAAAGCUCGGUCUCUCAGAACAGAAGCUGCUGGUUCGAAAAGCAGCGGAGCUCCGCCGCCUCUGCGAUGUUCAGUUUGAUUCCUCCAUUAUAGGCGUCGGAGAGGUUUGUAAAGCUAUAAUCUGCUUGGAAAUUGCUGCUACAAGGUUUGGGGAGGUUAUAUUUGAUAGACAGAAAGCUAUCAGGUUAUGUGGAAUGUCAGAGAAGGCUUACAAUAGAUCUUUUAAUUCCUUGCAGAAUGGUCUAAAUAUCAAGACAACGCUGGAUAUUAGAGAAUUGGGGAUUCAAUUUGGAUGUGUUAGGCUCAUUCCCUUUGUGAAAAAGAGCUUGUCUCUCUACAAGGAGCGGUUUACAGCAUCAUUGCCUGCUUCUAGACAGGCGAGUGCAGACUUCACUAGGCCAGUGUUUACUGCCGUGGCAUUUUACUUGUGUGCAAAAAAACACAAGCUUAAGAUAGACAAGGUUAGGUUGAUUGAGGUUUGUGGCACCUCUGAAUCUGAGUUUUCUUGUGUUUCUACCUCCAUGAAGGAUCUAUGUCAUGAUGCUUUUGGAAUCUCAAAGGAAAAGAAAGAUCCCAAGGAGGUGAAAGGCAACCGAGAACUGCUAGAUGUGUUACCUGAGAAAAGAAAAUUUGAUGAUGGUGGUUAUUUAUCUGAUGAUGGACCAGAGCUUUCAAGUUACAAGCGGCAUAAGAAAAUGGAGAAAGUUGCUUAUGAUGAGUGGAAGUCAUCUGUUCUAUCAUCUAAUAAGAAAAGCACAAAAGCACCCUGCAAGCAGACCACUCAAACCAGUCUUAACUUUCUGAAGGAAGUUCCUGAGACGCAGGAGUUGAAGGCUGUAUAGGAGACAUGUAUGCCUUCAUUUCUAGUUUUCAAGUUGUUUGAGCUGAUAAAAGAUAUCUAGAAGUUCACAUCGGUAGAAAUGGAUUAAAGAACUGCAUUGGUUAAGUUAUUAGUAAUUACAAGAAAUGCAGUUUCUGUAAGAUGAACUUUGUCUAUCUUAAAGUGUAUAUGUUUGAUAUAGUUCAGGCGAA